AUUGCUCCCUUUCUAUAUACCUUUCCUUAGCACCUAAGCUUCGCCCAUCGGGGCAGAAAGACUUAAUGGCUGAAAACAAGACAUCUGUUUACUUUGUCUGUCUGUCUGUCUAAACGUUAUUUUAGGGAGGCUUUAUAAAAUCAGUUGUGUAUUUAUUCGUUAUUUUUCUCCUUUUUGUUUGCUUUUGUGAGAACGACCGUGUUAUUGUGGUCUUCAUGGAUCAGUGUAGCAAAUAUGACAAUAUGUGCUCAGUAAUUAAAGCAGCAAAUUUUGCUGCGAUAAAACAUCGAAAACAAAAACGUAAAGAUAUCGAAGAAACUCCCUACAUUAAUCAUCCAAUAGGUCCUCAAUGUGUUGCUAAUAUUUUAACUUCGGAAGGUGGGAUAUGUGAUCCAGUAGUCUUACAAGCUGCUUUACUUCAUGAUACUGUUGAAGACACAGCUACAACACUGGAAGAAAUUGAAGAACACUUUGGGGCUGCAGUACGAAAUAUUGUUGCUGAAGUCACUGAUGAUAAAUCCUUACCAUAUGGAAUUCGCAAGCAAAUGCAGAUAGAAAAGGCUAAAAAAUGUUCCUAUGAAGCUAAAUUAGUAAAACUUGCAGAUAAAUUAUAUAACCUUCGAGAUCUACAAAAAUCCACUCCUAUAGGAUGGACUAAUAGAAGAGUGGAAGAAUACUUUUUAUGGGCUGCUGAAGUAGUGAAGAAUCUGCAAGGAACUCAUAGCAAACUGGAAGAUGAACUGAAACACGUAUUUAGUGCCCAAGGAAUUUAUUUAAAUAAUUAAUUAUAUGUGUAUGCAUGCAUGAUUAUAUAAAUUUAUUUGUUGUUAUUCAUAUUUCUUAUAAUUCUACGAUGUUUUAAAAAUAUUUUGAAAUUAUAUUCAAUGUAGUUGCUAUAUUGCAUUUUCAUCACAAACUAUUUUCAAAAUAAAAUCUAAAGAAGUGCUGUAUUUUAAAAGAUUAAAAAUUAAGUGUAACUUUUAUAUUUAUUUAAAUGCUGUAAUACAUUUAAUAACAAAAUAUGUUAAGUCAUAUACCAUUCACUUAAUUAAAAAAAAGCGUUUUAUGAUGUUAUUUUUUUAUCAUUUGUAAACUAUCAACUUAAAUAACACUGCCAUCAGGAAGAAACAAUUUAAGAACAGUUUUGAAAGUUUGAUAAAAUGAAAACAAAAUCUUUAAAAUAACAGCCUCUGAACUUUGAUUGCACCCAAGAACAUAGUGAAAAAGACUUCUAACUGUUCUCAGUUAACUUUUUAGCUUUAUAGAUUAAAAAUUCAAGUAAAUGAGGCAUAGCUCUUCAGCACUCAACUGCCCAAAUAACUGUAGCUCAGUCAUCUAGAGAAAUACAUAUGUGAGAGAAGACUGUUAGAAUGGGAAGAAGGAGUCAUGCAAACAAUACUCUUUUGGUGAAUGACUCAACUUCCUCCGAACAAAAAACAGCAUUGCAAUAAAGCAAUUCUGUCAAACUUUUUCUUUAACAAUUUCAAAAAGUAGCACACAUUCAAACCUAAAAAAUGUUAAAAAAUAGGAAGCAAGUUUUUCAAGAAUAGCAGCUUUGCUGGUCAUGUGUCCCAAUUUGGAAAUUCGUACAAUUUUUUAAAAAUUGAUUUUAUCUGAACGUAGUUCAAAAUAUCUCAAUUUAACCAUAAAAUCUUGACCACUUCAAUCCACUUCUUUGCUCCAGAAUUCAUAAUCAAAUGCCAUUAUUCUACAAAUGGGUAAGUAUUAUUUACAAUUCUAAAACAUUAGUAUUAGAUAUUUUAUUGAAUAAUAAGAUAAUACAUUCUACAUAUUAUUAAAUUUUGAGGGGAAUGUUUUCAGUGUCAAGACCAACAUAGAAAUAUUUACAUACAGAUAACAUUGCAUUUACAAUACAGACAAUCACUCCAAAUAAAAACUAAAUAAACACGUAUUUAAAAGAAUUAUAAGAAACAAAAAUAUGUGACACCUGCCAAAAGACAAACUAUUUUGUCCCCAUUUCAAUAAAUGUUCCACAUGCUAACAAAAAAAUUAGAAAAUAUCAAGAAUGCUAAUUUCUGAUAUCUCUUUGCUUUCCCUUUUUUAUUCAUUCUAAAACAAACUUUUAGUUAAAUGAAAUAUUUUACUUAUUAGCAUGGUUUCUACAAUCAAGAAAAUAUAUCAUUUUAUAAACUAAUAAUAUUGAAGCUAACAAACUGAACAAUAUGUACAGAAUAUUUUUAAUAAAUUCAUUGUAAAGUCUAAAAAAAAAAUUAAAGACAGAAUUCUGUGUUUCUAAAGCACUAAGUGAUUUUUGCCUUUAAUUAAAAAAUCUUAUGAUUUAUUUCCUUUAUAUUAGUUCUUUGAAUAAUCCUACACUUAAUCUAUACUCAUCAUAUUAUGUUUUUCUCUGUUCCUAAACAUGUUUUUGAUAAGUCUGUUGUAAUGCAGUAGCUAGAAAUAUAGUGAUAAAAAUAAUGCCAUGUAUAUAAGCAGCAAUCUAAUAGAAACAUACCAUGGAUGUUAUUUUGAGUAUACAAAGCAACAGUGUAUGUAUGGUGACAUUCAUGUAUGGUUAUGUUAUUAUGAAACAUUAAACUCUGUCCAUUUCAGUCUA